AACCGUCCUCACUCCUAACGAUAUUCGAAGCACUUCCGAACACAAAGAAAGAGUGUGGCAUAGUGCAAGAUUACCGAAAAUAUGUGUAGCUAUAUCUGAAAUCCAAGAUUAGAAGCUUAGAAAUAAUUAUUUCAUUUUUCACCAGAUCCAAAAAAGAGAAGGGAUAAAAAAGAAGAACAAAUAAUAAAAAGGAAAAAAGAAAGAGAAGAAAAAGCUCAGUGUCACGCACGCACCUCAUCUCAUCGAGGAACCCCUUUUGCUUUUCCUCCAUUUUUUGGCCUGUGUGGUUACUGGUUGCAGCAAUGAGAGCUGAAACAAAAGCUUUAGAAUAAAAACCGAAGAAAGAAUUUAGAAAGGUACCCGAAAAAUGCCUUUUCAUCUGCAUUCUUUUUGAGCUCGUCAACAAUGGCCGAUGAUCUCUCUUCCUUCGCUAAGGUCAUGGUUAUUAGGCGUUUGAUUGGGUAGUUUCCUUAAGAUGUAGAUUCUGUGGGCUUUCAAUCUAUUUCAGGAUGUUUUGCUUGUGAAGAGUUGGAAGAGUUCUACGUUUGUGUGGAGGCUAGUUGUGUUGACCCUUGCCAUGGUCAGUGGCGUGUAUAUAUUUUCAAUUUGUCUGAAGCAGAUAGGCACUGGCACUAAGGUUCGUUUUCUAGAGAUCAAGGUUGAACAAAAGCCCUGCCCAGAACCUAACAUUGAACCUUGGGAGAUUCCUUAUGUGCACUACCCUAAACCAAAAACUUACAGCAGGGCGGAAUGCGCUUGCCACCCUGUGCGCUAUUUUGUUAUUCUGUCGAUGCAGAGAUCUGGGAGUGGAUGGUUUGAGACGUUUUUAAAUAGUCAUGAUAACAUAAGUUCAAAUGGGGAAAUAUUUUCAGUUAAGGUGAGAAGGAGCAACAUUUCAACAAUAACAGAGACGCUGGAUACAAUUUAUAAUCUAGACUGGUUAAGUAGUGCUUCAAAAAAUGAGUGCACCACUGCUGUUGGCUUGAAGUGGAUGCUGAAUCAGGGAUUGAUGCAGCAUCACGAACAAAUUGCUGAGUACUUCAGAAUACAUGGUGUUUCGCUCAUAUUUCUUUUCAGAAGGAAUCUUUUGCGCCGGAUGGUUUCUGUACUUGCAAAUGAAUAUGAUAAGAACGCUAAGCUAUUAAACGGGACUCACAAAUCUCAUGUUCAUUCACCCAAGGAGGCAGAAGUGCUUGCAAACUACAGGCCUAUAAUCAAUUCAACAUUGCUGAUUGCACAGCUUAGACAAGUGAAUGAAACCACGACCAAAGCCUUGGAGUAUUUCAAGAGCACCAGGCAUAUUAUCCUGUACUAUGAAGAUGUUGUAAAAAACCGCACCAAACUAAGGGAUGUUCAGGAUUUUCUAAAGGUUCCUCAAAUGGAUUUGAAGAGCCGUCAGGUGAAGAUACAUAAAGGGUCCUUAUCUAGCCAAAUUGGAAACUGGAACGAUGUAAGCAAGGUACUAACAGGAACACCAUUCGAGAGUUUCAUCCGUGAAGAUUAUCGCAGGUAAAGUGGUGGGUAUGUACAUACCACGUUUUGCCUUUUCUUUUUUCCUUUUCUCUCUUCUUCCCACGCUGUUAACAUUCCUCUGAUCCUCUGUUCACAAAUUGCUUCAAGAGCCAACAGGAGAACAACCAACCACCCUGUUGAAAUUUUGGCCAUGGCCCUCAUUUUUGUAUUGUUGUUGUUUUUGUCUUCCUAUUUAAUUCAUUCUUUGUACUGGUGCAACAUCCAUGCACUUUGUAUUGAUGCAAUUUCAACUUGAAAUGUGUUCUUGAGA